AUGGAUAAUAAAAGUAUUUUUGAAAUAGAAAAAGAAAAUACUUGUUGUUUGGACCUUAUAAAUCCAAAUUGUGGAUGUUUUGAAUUAGAAGGGAAAUUAUCUAAAAAAUGCCAAUAUAUUAAAAGUGAAUUAGUCUGCUCGUUUGAAACAACUCAUUGCAGAAAGUGUCUUGAUCAUUCAAAUAAUGUAUUCUUCAUUUCUUCUAUUCAUAAUUGCAUACAAAAUAUUAUUUUAGUUUUUGUUGCUUUGUUUGUUUGUAAAGAGUGGUAUUUAGAUUCACUUUUAAAUCCUUCUCAAUCUACAAUUAAAAAAUAUUAA